UAUACAUAAAUUUCGAUGACGACAAAGUCAAGCAGGCUGCUUGAAGAAUCUAUGUUUUACUUUUACGCAGUAAAAUUUUCCAAAAUUCAGCUCAGGAAUCUUGUCGGAUAGUAAAGUUGACCCAUAGAUCUAAAAGAUUAGUUAAUUUUCAAAGUUAGGUCGGCAUUAUUAGCAGAAAAAAGUCAGUGACAGCAAGCAAUCAAGCGAGAGAGAGAUGAGGCUGCGGAUGGGCUUCGCACGUGCGUCGCCUCUCGCUUCAAUUCUCCGCCUUACCUUCUUCCAACCAAAUCAAUGGCGACAAGAAUCAGUUUUCCCGCCUUUAUUUCUUCGCUUGAAUCCGCGCAGGCGAAUUUCGUGUUCCGUUGUUUCGUGUUCACAAACGCCGCUGUAUCUGAGGCCGGCAGCUUUCAGAGCCACCGUGUCAGAGCUGAAAAAAUGGCAUCUUUGGGCCGAAACCCUAGCUUCCUCCGUGGGCUCGACGUUCUUGGACCUGGACAACGGCCCAGACUCCACACUCUUGCUCAGAGAGCUCAAUUGGCUGAUUGAAGAUGCGAUUGAAAACCCCAAAUCACUCUCAUCCAAUACAGAUAAUUACGGGGAUGCCACUCCUGUGUCACUAAGGGCAUGUUUGGAUGAUCUCUAUUUGAUGUGGAAGCAGAGGGUAGAAGAAAGGAGGCCAUUUCAGUAUGUGGUUGGGUGUGAACACUGGAGAGACUUGGUAUUGGGUGUUCAAGAAGGUGUGUUGAUUCCCAGGCCUGAAACUGAGCUGAUUGUGGAUUUGGUGGAUGAUGUGCUCAAGGAAGAUGAACAUUUGAGGGAAGGAUUAUGGACUGAUUUGGGUACUGGAAGUGGGGCUCUUGCUAUUGGGAUUGCUAGGGUUUUGGGGCCUUCUGGAAUGGUUGUUGCCAUUGACUUGAGCCCAGUUGCUGUUGCAGUUGCUUCUGCAAAUGUGCAGAGGUAUAACUUGCAGGAUAGAGUCAAAGUAAAGGAAGGAUCUUGGUUUGAGCCACUUAAGGAUGAAGGAAGAGAAUUGGCUGGGUUGGUAAGCAAUCCACCAUACAUUCCAAGUGAACAUAUUAGUGGUUUACAAGCUGAAGUUGCUAAGCAUGAACCAAAACUUGCAUUGGAUGGCGGCUCGAAUGGCUUAGAUGACCUUCUGCAUCUCUGCAAGGGAGCUGCUUCUGUAUUGAAACCGGGCGGCUUCUUUGCAUUCGAGACAAAUGGUGAGGAACAGAGUAAAUUUCUUGCUGGUUACAUGGAAACAGAAAGUAAAGGAGUCUUCUCCAAUGUUAAGAUUAUAUCUGAUUUUGGUGGUAUCCAGAGAUUUGUUACAGGAUUCAAAGCAAGAUGAUCUGAUCUGUUGCAAAUUGUAGACAAGACAUGUGUACUUCAUAUUAAAGAGUUUUGCAAUAGUGACUCAAAUCGAAUUUGGAUUAGUUUCACAAUGAAA